AAUCGGAGCGCUGGGCAGGCACCAACUGUGCGAAGUUUAGUAAGGGCGAGUGCCGGUCUGCGCCUGGGACAGGGCUACUCUGGACGAGGGGAGUGCCAAAUGAAGAUGUCUUCACCUACCUAAUAGAAGGACAUGCAGAGAAUGGACAGAGCCAGAUUCUUCUUGGAUGUACCCAGCAAAAAGACAGAAGAAUUGCAGAUACAAGGGACAACAAGCAUAUACAGAUAGAAAGAAAAGUACCCUCGCCAUGAGCCAUGAUUGAACACUGGAACAUAGAAAUGGAAAAGCUGGUUGCUUGUGUACAAAAAAAGCCAAAUGCUCUUUGUAGACUGAUUUGCUUUCCGUGGGCUGGAGGUGGAACUUCACAACUUGCUCAGUGGGGCAGACUCUUCAACGACUCAAUUGAAGUGUUCUGCAUAAGGCCUCCUGGAAGAGAAACUCGUCUUGGGGAGCCUUUUCCAAAAGACAUGAGAAGCUUAGUUAAUGAGAUCACAAGUGUUUUGUUAAAAGAAUUGAAAGAAAAACCGUUUGCAUUUUUUGCUCACAGUCUUGGAAUUUACGUGAGUUUUGCAGUUGCACUUCAUUUGAAAGAAAAGUACGGACUGGAGCCAGUCCAUCUUUUUAUGUCAGCAGCACAUGCCCCAAAUUCUGCAGCACAUCUUGCCCUCAAAAGCACACCCGUGCCUGAUAGAAAGAGUGAACUUCUUGCAUAUGUGGGGAUGCUAGGAGGAAAUUUUGAGCUUCCACCUAAUGAAGACAUUAGGAGAAAUAUAGCGCUAGCCUUCAGAGGAGAUGCUGAAGUUUUUAGGACGUUUUCAUUUGAGAAGGCAGACAUGAAUUCCCCCUUCUCCUGUGAUGUUACCUGCUUUCGUGGGUCUGAUGAUAAAAUAUAUGAUGUACAAGGUUGGCAAGAACUAACAAAUGGAGUUAUUUCCUUUUAUGAGCUACCUGGAGAUCACUUUUAUCUGCUGAAACCAUCUAAUGAAAGUUUCUUGAUAAAACAUAUCACAACAUGCAUAGAAAAUGCUGAUCUAUGAGUAUUUCCCUCAAUUUUAAUAGCAGCAAUUUAUAAUAAGUCACUUCUUUCUCUACAUUGCAUGCAGUUAUGCCUAAAAGUUGUUCUGUUCCUCAUCUGUAAUCCUUUAUAAGGGGGAGUUUUCCUGAUUUAUUUAAAAACAAACCUUGGCUUUGGGCCUUAAAAAAGGUUUCAUAUUUUCCUUCUUCUCUUGCACAUGUACAAACUCUUCAAUUUAUUCCAUAACCUUGUUUGCAAAAAAAUCAUGUCUAUGUUAUUUAACUGUUAGAG